AUGGAGAAGACGGCCGAGGUUCAGGGAAAGAGCCCAGUGGAAGAAUCCAACCUAGUGAGAGGAAAACGGGCACCUGGUGAAGGCACCGGCCUCUAAGCUAGGGAUGAGGGGACAGGCCUCUGCCUAGCCUGAGACAGGAGGAGGAAACUGAGGCAUUCACACUUUUAUGUGGCGAUCACAGUUCCUGCAGACUGUAGCAGAGCUGGGGAGCAGGAACCAGAGGUAUAGUCCCACGCCCACCCACUCUCCCCUCCCCUCACUCCGCGGCCCCGCCUCCAACAAGCCGCUUCAGGUCGCGAGGGGUCGCCUGCGCGCUCCAGCUGCGCCUGCGCAGGAAGGGCGGGUCAGCGCGCCGGCGCAGUGCCGCGGUCACAGGCUGAGUGCUGCGGCGCGAUCCUUGCUUCCCUGAGUGUUGGCCCGGGAGGAAAGAAGAUGGUGCUGGAUCUGGAUUUGUUUCGGGUGGAUAAAGGAGGGGACCCAGCCCUCAUCCGAGAGACGCAGGAGAAGCGCUUCAAGGACCCGGGACUAGUGGACCAGCUGGUGAAGGCAGACAGCGAGUGGCGACGAUGUAGAUUUCGGGCAGACAACUUGAACAAGCUGAAGAACCUAUGCAGCAAGACAAUCGGAGAGAAAAUGAAGAAAAAAGAGCCAGUGGGAGAUGAUGAGUCUGUCCCAGAGAAUGUGCUGAGUUUCGAUGACCUUACUGCAGACGCUUUAGCUAACCUGAAAGUCUCACAAAUCAAAAAAGUCCGACUCCUCAUUGAUGAAGCCAUCCUGAAGUGUGACGCGGAACGGAUAAAGCUGGAAGCAGAGCGGUUUGAGAACCUCCGAGAGAUUGGGAACCUUCUGCACCCUUCUGUGCCCAUCAGUAACGAUGAGGAUGUGGACAACAAAGUAGAGAGGAUUUGGGGUGAUUGUACGGUCAGGAAGAAGUACUCUCAUGUGGACCUGGUGGUGAUGGUAGAUGGCUUUGAAGGCGAAAAGGGGGCCGUGGUGGCUGGGAGUCGAGGGUACUUCUUGAAGGGGGUCCUAGUGUUCCUGGAACAGGCUCUCAUCCAGUAUGCCCUUCGCACCUUGGGAAGUCGGGGUUACAUUCCCAUUUAUACCCCCUUUUUCAUGAGGAAGGAGGUCAUGCAGGAGGUGGCACAGCUCAGCCAGUUUGAUGAAGAACUUUAUAAGGUGAUUGGCAAAGGCAGUGAAAAGUCUGAUGACAACUCCUAUGAUGAGAAGUACCUUAUUGCCACCUCAGAGCAGCCCAUUGCUGCCCUGCACCGGGAUGAGUGGCUCCGGCCGGAGGACCUGCCCAUCAAGUAUGCUGGCCUGUCUACCUGCUUCCGUCAAGAGGUGGGCUCCCAUGGCCGUGACACCCGUGGCAUCUUCCGAGUCCAUCAGUUUGAGAAGAUUGAACAGUUUGUGUACUCAUCACCCCAUGACAACAAGUCAUGGGAGAUGUUUGAAGAGAUGAUUACCACCGCAGAGGAGUUCUACCAGUCCCUGGGGAUUCCUUACCACAUUGUGAAUAUUGUCUCAGGUUCUUUGAAUCAUGCUGCCAGUAAGAAGCUUGACCUGGAGGCCUGGUUUCCAGGCUCAGGAGCCUUCCGUGAGUUGGUCUCCUGUUCUAAUUGCACGGAUUACCAGGCUCGCCGGCUUCGAAUCCGAUAUGGGCAAACCAAGAAGAUGAUGGACAAGGUGGAGUUUGUCCAUAUGCUCAAUGCUACCAUGUGCGCCACUACCCGUACCAUUUGCGCCAUCCUGGAGAACUACCAGACAGAGAAGGGCAUCACUGUGCCUGAGAAAUUGAAGGAGUUCAUGCCGCCAGGACUGCAAGAACUGAUCCCCUUUGUGAAGCCUGCACCCAUUGAGCAGGAGCCAUCAAAGAAGCAGAAGAAGCAACAUGAGGGCAGCAAAAAGAAAGCGGCAGCAAGAGACGCCACCCUAGAAAACAGGCUGCAGAACAUGGAGGUCACCGAUGCUUGAACAUUCCUGCCUCCCUAUUUGCCAGGCUUUCAUUUCUGUCUGCUGAGAUCUCAGAGCCUGCCCGACAGCAGGGAAGCCAAGCACCCAUUCAUCCCCCUGCCCCCAUCUGACUGCGUAGCUGAGAGGGGAACAGUGCCAUGUACCACACAGAUGUUCCUGUCUCCUCGCAUGGGCAUAGGGACCCAUCAUUGAUGACUGAUGAAACCAUGUAAUAAAGCAUCUCUGGGGAGGG